UACGAAUCUAAAAUCCCAUUGGCUGCAGACAGCAAACCCAAUCUCAUGCCCAUCCCCUUCACUUUCGUCUCCUGUUUCAGCAUGGCUUUUGUCUCAUAGCUUCCCUCUCUCUGCAGAUUUUCCCUCAAAUUGCGGAAUUCAUCCACUCCCUGGUCCUCGGUCGUUACCCUCAUAGACACUUGUCAAUUCACAGCCCAUUACAAGAGUUUUAUCAUUAUCGCUACACACAUAUUUCUGGAAAUUCAGAGCUUCAUUAUUUGCUGGCCUAAAGGCAGUGGCAGUAGGUGACUUAUUGAUGAUGCACGAAGCUUUGAAGGGAUGGGCUUCUUCUGGGUAAUCUUCAUAUGAUUUUUUAAUCGUCAUCGACAAGGAUAAGCGAAAUUUUAUGGUUAUGACGCUGACAGCAUCGAAAACCGUGACUCGAGAGAAUUUCGUUUCGUAACUCUCUCUCUCUAUAUAUAAAUAGAUGGCGACGGCUUCUUUGAUACAAGUUCGAUGUGGGUAUUCACCAAGAUUUAGUAAUAACUUGAGAAAUGGAGCUUAUGUAGGACCUGCGUGUUCCACCUCAUAUGCACCGUCAUCUUCUUCCUGUUCCUGCUGUUCGUCUCAGGGACUAAAUUUCUCAUCCGGUGUAAAUAGCUAUUGGAAAAAUCAAGGUCUUAGAGCUCAAGCUAUGAAUACUACAACUCAAGGAAAUUUCGCGUCACCCAGGGGAAUUAUGAAUGGGAGUAAUGAGCCUGAUCAUCUUCUUGUUCUCGUUCAUGGCAUCUUGGCUAGCCCAGGUGACUGGACAUAUGUACAAGCAGAGUUAAAAAAGCGUCUUGGAAGAAACUUUCUAAUUUAUGCAAGUGCAUCCAACACCUACACUAAAACCUUUUCUGGGAUCGAUGGAGCUGGAAAGCGACUGGCAGAUGAAGUUAUGCAAGUUGUAGAGAAGACAGAGGGUUUAAAAAGAAUUUCCUUUUUAGCCCAUUCUCUUGGUGGCUUGUUUGCAAGAUAUGCUGUUGCUGUCCUUUACUCAGAGAAUGCCUUACAUACUAGUCAAUCCAAUGAUCUUAUUGAUUCUACACUCCCUAGGUCCAUAAGACGAGGUACAAUUGCUGGAUUGGAUCCAAUCAAUUUUAUUACCUUGGCAACUCCACAUCUUGGUGUGAGAGGAAGAAAGCAGCUUCCAUUUCUUUUGGGAAUUCCCUUUUUGGAGAAACUUGCUCCACCAGUGGCUCCCAUUUUAGUCGGUCGAACCGGUAGUCAGCUGUUUCUUACUGACGGAAAACCUGACAAGCCGCCACUUCUUUUGAGAAUGGCAUCAGAUUGUGAAGAUGGAAAAUUUAUAUCUGCCCUUGGUGCAUUUAGAUGCCGCACCAUCUAUGCAAAUGUAUCAUAUGAUCAUAUGGUUGGCUGGCGUACCUCCUCCAUAAGGAGAGAGCAGGAGCUUGUCAAGCCCCCUCGGCGAUCUUUGGAUGGUUACAAGCAUGUGGUAGAUGUUGAGUAUUGUCCACCAAUCUCUUCUGAUGGCCCUCAUUUUCCUCCAGAAGCUGCUAAAGCAAAGGAGGCAGCACAAAAUGAACCUACCGUGCAAAACACAGUGGAGUAUCAUGAAAUUGUGGAAGAGGAAAUGAUACAUGGUUUACAGCAGUUGGGAUGGAAGAAAGUCGAUGUCAGCUUCCACUCAGCAUUCUGGCCUUUUUUCGCCCAUAACAACAUACACGUGAAAAACGAAUGGUUUCACAAUGCUGGUGCUGGUGUAAUAGCUCAUGUCGCAGACAGCUUAAAGCAGCAAGAAUUUUCCUGUCUGAUAACUGCUAGCCUGUAGCUAUGAGGUGCUACUACACUUAUGCAUUUGUAUUUGGAACAUUUUAAAAUUAUUAAAUAAAGUAAAUUUGUAUAUACAUAUGUAGGGGUUCUAUAUCUGUCUGCAAUGGUUAUUGUUCUCUUCAUUUGUAUUGACCAUGAAUCUACUAUCAGUUUGCUAUGUCUUGCAAAGCUGUAGCCACAGAAUCUUUUUUUUAUUUUUUAUUUUUAGUGGUUGUUAUUCUUAGCAUUA